ACAACUUUGCCUAUCAUUGUAUUUAUCUGAAGAGGAGCACGACUUAAUUUACGACCCUGUAACCUUUGCCAAGCCAGUGUGUUUGUGUGUGUGUGUGCUUGCAUGCUUGCCUGCCAAUUCUUCACCUUCACACCAAUGUUUGCCAGCCUCCCACUGAAAGUCCAAGCUGUAGCCGCCGGCAUUGCUGUCCGACUGGCGGCAACUAAGGGAGAUCACUAGACGCGUGCUCGAUCAGCGCGCAAUGAUGACACUUCAGUUCCACACAGUAGAUGCUGCUUAUCUGCCCCUGACACCAGGCACAACGACUGUGACAUUAAUUAUGCUUCAUGAGACUUUGAGGGCGUUUCUCUGUCAGGCGUGUCAGGGAAGCUGCUAUAUAAUACUCCACACCAUCAGCACGGUGACAGUUACAGGUGUGACAGGUGUGACGCACGUCACUGAUAGUCGGACAGUCAGUCCCAAGACGACGCCAUCAGCAGACUGCACGCAGACUACAAUGACGGCCCACGUGACAUCAUGGAGGUCAGCAGGUCGUCUUGGACUCUUCUACAGCGCGCUCGUCGUCCUGCUGCACCCACCUGCCCCUGCAAGUGGGGGGCCGAGCAACCUGACGAUGGGCAUUUUCCUGCCACUGACCGGGGCCAAAGUCCUGAGCAAAGAGGGGCUGGCGGUGGUCAAGUGGACGGUGGAGCAGCUGAACAGGGACUCGACCUACACAGAGCUACGAAAACAUUCUCUUGUCUUUAACUACCUUCUGGAGGACACCAAGUGUGACAGUGACGAGGGGGUGUACCGCUUUUCUCAGAUGAUCUCACUGCAGACACAGGCAGCAUCACGCAUCGAUGCCAUUAUAGGUCCAUCGUGUGAUGACGUGUGUCGGCUGCUGGGUGGCCAGGCGCGUAUCUGGGAUGUACCCUUGAUCAGCUUUGGGUGCGAGAGCUCAGUCUUGUCGGACCGCCGUCGGUACCCGACUUUCCUACGCACCACUGGCACCUUUGAUGAGAUGCAGCAGUUCAUCGAGAAGAUUCUGACUCAUUUCGGGUGGAACCGCCUGACGCUGGUGCACGGACAGGACACCGUGUGGCUGGAGACCUCCGACGACUUUCAGGCUCAGUUUCAGACUCACCACUUUGACACCAGGCAGUUCUCCUUGAAUCAAGAUAAGAACCUCUCUCUCAGUCUCCAGGAGGAGGCUAUCGAAACACGAGUAUUCGUGUUGUGUGCAUACGGAAGUGACGUCAUGACUUUUAUGAGUGCGGCCUUUGAUCUUGGCCUGACUAAUGGCGACUACGCAUUUAUCAGCAUAGACUUCGGCAACAUGGUCAAGCGAAUCCCCGACUGGCCAGGAGAUCCCGCCAUUUUUAACGGACUUCUGGACAUCACCAUAGACGUUGCUCCAGAACGAGAUCGAUACGUCAUCUUCAUGCACGACAUCUUCAAUGCUACUGACCUGAUGGUCUCUUCAGACUGCGCUAGUGGCUAUGAGAUGGGCAUUCAUGGAUCUCUGCUGUCGGACGCUAUCUCGCUGUACGCCAAGGCCGUCAACUCCUGCCUGGCUGAUGGUUCGGAUCCUACUAAUGGCACUAGCCUGGCACAACACCUGUACGGCACCACUAUAGAAGGUGUGUCAGGACAGGUGCGGAUUGGUGAAAACGGUUCCCGUGUGGCCACCUACAUGUUGCACAACAUCCAGAAAGGCUGCUAUGUCCAGGUCGCCAGGUUCAGUCCCAGCCAAGAGAUGACACUAAUAGCAGGAAGCCCCAUAGUCUGGCCGGGCGAGGUGACUGUCCCCCCACGCGGCAGCCCCGUGUGUGGCUGGAACAAUGAGCUGUGCCAGGAGGACGGAUAUCAGCGCUUGGUUUUCACCAGUUCCGCCAUCUCGGCCACUGCCGGCUUCAUGGUGGUGUCGUGUGUUGUCUCCUACCUGUACCUCAAGAGGAGAGCUCAGCUACAGAAAAUCAGCAGCAAGGACUGGAAGAUUCCAUUUGCAGAACUGAAAACAUGGAGAGAAGGAGAAGGGCAGCGAAGCAAUGGAAGACUGGGCAGCGGGGCAACAUGGGCACUCACGGGCAUCCCUCCACUCCAAGGGUUCUGUGAUCCCCUGUUUAUUCGUCAGUUGAACCAUCGAAAUGUCAAUCCUCUUAUCGGCGCAUGCGUGGAACUUAACCAGGUCCGCGUGAUCAGCAUGUACGCGCACAAAGGCUCCCUCUACGAUGUCAUCCACAGCUCCAGCAUCAAGCUGGACGCCACGUUCCUCGUGUCUUUUGCAAUGGAUAUUUGUAAGGGCAUGACGUACGUACACACCAGCCCUGUAUGUUACCAUGGCAACCUCAAGUCUAGUAACGUGCUGGUGGACAGAAGCUGGACCUGCAAAGUCGGCGAUUUUCGUAUGUUUUACCUGCGAGAAGGUGAGGUACUCACCGCGGACCCCACAGAUGUGGCCAGAAGACAGUUCUGGACAGCGCCGGAAGUUUUGCGAGAAGAGAGGCUGGAUGAUGUCGGGUGGCAGAAGGCUGAUGUGUACUCGUACGGAAUCAUUCUGUACGAGCUGCUGUCGCGGAAACACCCGUAUGACAACUACUGGGACGAUGAGCCCCAAGGUGAGGCGCAGCACACGACAGGAGCUAA